AUGUCAGAGGUGCCAUUGGAUAACACAAUAGACAGUCUACUGGAGCCUGUUCCCAGAGUUGGUGUGACAGAUGCUGAGAGGGAACUUGCAAACAAUGCUCAUGUUGAAUUUGAAAGUAAACAAUAUGACAGGUAUGAAAUAUAUUAAAAGGUGAGGUGAAAAUAAAUCUUGGUUUCAAUGGUUUAUGCAAAGCUCAUGUUAAAGAGGUAUGGACAAUAUAUUCUGUGUGGAAGGCAAGAUAUAGGACCCCUUUGAAAGUUUUCUUCAGAUGCACAGGAAUUUAAGGGGUGCAUGGAGAAAAGAAAAGGCCUACAUUACCUCUGACAGACUGUUAAAUCCUUCUUCAAAAUUAUCCUGUAUCAUCUUGUGAAACAGAGGAAGAAGUUAAUGUGGCAUCAAAGUAACUCAAGACUUAAUUCUAUGCAAUCAUCUGCAUUGAAUUUUGAAUGUUUUUUGUGUGUGUAAAGUAUAGAAUCUAUUUAUGAAUCCAAAGUCGACUGCAAUUGUAUGCAUGUUUUAAUGUCACAACCCUUGUUUUAUGCCAUAUGAAGAAAUAAGUUUUGCUUUUGUUUUCAGAUGUUUGAUGUCAUUAAACAAGCUUGCAGAGUUAAGGAAAAAUGAUCCAAAGGUUCAGCAUAACAAACUAGUGGCACAAUUUUACCACUCAAGCUGCAGAGGAAGUGAGGAAUUUGCCUUUAACUUACUACAGAUAAGAAGACAAGUGAGUAUUGCAUGAGUUCUUGAAGUCCCCAGUGAUCAAGAUGUAAGGGUUAUCUAUGGUGUUUAUGGUUAUUUUUUUGUUUAUUUCAAACUGUGCAAAGUACUUGUACUUAAUUUGUUGGCAUUAUAUAUAAUACAUGUGUAACUAAAAGCUGAUUUUCUCUGGCAAUGGAGUUUAAGUCCAAGUUGGAGUCAUAAGAGAACCUCCAAUCUGGUGAAAAUUGAAAAUCAUGCUUAAAAGCUGGAUGGAAUAGGAGUUGGAAGUAUCAGAUCAUUUUCAUUUUCUUCUGAUUCUACUUAUGACUGUAACACUUAUGAUCCAGUGAAAACAAGAAUAUCCAAGCCCCAAGCAGAAGUGGCAGAUUCAGCCAAUCACAUUGGGAGUUCUUAGGCUAUUCAAUGACUUACAACUCCUACAUACCAGUUUUCACUGGUUGCUAAGUGACAAAGUCAUAAGUGGCAUCAACAUUUUUCUUCCAAUUUUUUCAGUUUGAUUUUCACUAGAUUGUAUCCUCUUUGAUUCUGGUUACAGCUGCAACUCUGAAAUGAAAACCAGCCUUAAGAGUUCAAAUUUCCACUAUGUUUAUGUCUUUAUAAUUUUCCACAAGUACAUGCAAUAUCUGAAACCAUAUCUUAUAGCCAAGAAAUAUUACUUCAGACUCUUAUAAUCAUUGAAACCAAGCUUAGAUCAUAUCAUCUUGAUUGAUGUAAUUACAAAAAUGUUACAAAAAUAAUAAAUCCUAACAGGGGAAAGGGGGUGGGGUGUCAAGGAGGCUGAAUUUUCUACAGCUGUAUUUAUUGUAUAUGUUAAUGAUUUUAAUUUUCUAGAUCGAGAAAGAGAGUGGUGAAACUGGAGAAGAGUUAGAUGACAUUGACACAGCUCACCUGUUAUACAACGAGUCUGUUAUUUACUUUAAUGUGAGUCUGCAGAGCUAAUACUGUACUUUCUUUUUUUAAGCUUGGAUUCAAAGUAAGCCAACUUUAAGCAAAGAGAGUAUUUUUGUAUGUAAGGUGAAGGAAUAUAUGAGCCAACUGUUGAUCAGAAUAUUUUCUGUCUUUAUUGAGAGUAAACAAUUAAUUUGUGAAUUUAUCUUGUUUCAGUUACGACAGUACACAAAAGCAUUGCAAAUUCUUGAGAGGCUGUUUAAGAUUGUUGAACCCCUAGGUAUUUAAAAUUUGUAUCUAAACUAUUUCACUGGUGAAUAUAUUGAUUGCAAUUACAAUUGUUGCAUUUUAAAUCAGUAAAUGUUAUGCAAAAGUCAACAUGUAAUAGAAUUAACUCAGAAGUUAUAUGUUCCUUUGGGAUUUGAUGCUUAGAUAACAUAGCAUAAUUUUUUGUUUUGACUAAUCUUUUCACUCCCAGAAGUGAUCAAAAAGGAAUUUCUUCUUACAAGAUCAAUACUUUCUCAAGCAGAAGGUGAUGAGAAGAGAAAGAUACAAGUUGCAAAUUGGAACAUUGUUUGGUUUGACAACAAACUGUCAGAGCUAAAAUUAUAGGAAAUGUGUGGGAAACAUUGUGGGUGUUUGCAUUUACAUGUACAUUGUAGAUCUUGCUAGUAAACAGGUUACAUGGAAAAUCUGAUGUUUCCAUUACAGUAUUUUGGUAUUUCUUGUUCCACAGAGGAAUCUCUUGGAUACAAAAUUUGCUUCCUGCUCAGUGAAAUUUACUUGACACUCUACAAGGUAAUAUGUCUUGAUUGUAAUAAUGUAGUUCUCAUGCUGUUAAAGGUUAGUUUUCUGGUAGGGGCUUGAUUCAUCUGUUACAUGUAGCUUUCUUUCAUGCCUGAAAGCUUACCUUUCUCAAGAGAAAGGGAGGUAGAGAUCAUUUUUUAGCUAUUUUGUGAUACUUGUUCCAUUAAGAUAUGUCAUGAUAUCUUUACAUGUACAGUUGUAUACAAACCAACAUUGUACAUGUACAGCCAAAGAGAAAAAAAAUACUUUAUCACCAAGACAAAGUUUGCCAGGCCCACUCCCUCAGCAUUGCAGUUAUUUAAUCUCUAAGAGUAAUUUGCCUCUGACUCUUUCUCACAGAAUCACCAUUGAAUCAAAUAUAAAAGUUAUGAGAAUAAAGACAAUGAUCAUCAAUUUAACCCUUUACACCCUAAAAUCAGUAUGUAUAUUCUCUAUACAGCUCUUUAUAUAUUUCCUUAGGUACUGACAAGGAGAAUUUGUUUACCAAUCAAAAGCUUCUUUCGUUGGUGAUCAUUUCCUUUAUUCUCAUGAUCUUAACAUUGUGAUUCAGGGGUGAUAUUGUAAGGAGAAAUUUGAUACAAGUCACUCGUAGGGUUUAACCCUUUAACUCCCAAGAUCUCACUUGUAAUUCUCCUUACUGUCUGCCAAACAAGUAUCAUUAUGUUUGUUUGGAGAAUUUGGUACUGGAUCAAUUAGUGAUCCCAUUACUAAUACUUUUCGUAAUUCUCAUCACUUGUUUACAUGAUAUUGUAUAAAUAUUGUAUGGAGAAAUUCUGUCUUGGUCACUAACAGGAGUUAAAAGGGUAAAGGGUUAAGAAGCUCCUGAUUGUCAAACAAAUUAUCCCUGUUAGAGCUACAUAGGAAAUGUAAAAAAAACAGUGUGGAAAGUAUAAAUACUUAUGUAAGGGUAUGAAAGGCUGAAAAAUGUAAGAUUCACGAGAGAAAAAACUAAGGAGAUAUGCAGAGGUACUACAAGAGGUAAACAGUGAGAUGAAUGGUAGAUGUUGCACAAACAACCCUAGAAGGCUUAAGAUUUCAUUUCCAAAUUAUGUGAAUCUGAAAAAUUUCAAUAUUUUACAUGUUUUCAUCUACGGCAGUAGGUGAUAACAUUAUAGUUAAUUCUUUAAACGAAAAUUUUCUUUCAUAUUUAUUAUUUUAUUAGGCUGAUAAAGCUCACAAUGUUCUGUCAGUGUUGGAAGCUGUGGUGUUUGGUUCAAAUAAACCAGUUGAGGUACAACCUGUGUAAAUGAUAACUAAAGCUGUCAUACAUGUAUGUUGUAUGUUGUAUGUUGGAUAGUUUGGUAUUAUCAACUGAGUUGAUUACGAAAAUUGGCCACCGUAAAGAGUUCCAAAGCCGACGUUUCGAGUGUUUGUCCUUCGUCAGAGCAAAUGACAGAGGGCUAAUGCUCGAAACGCUUUGAAAUUCUUUACGGUGGCUAACUUACGUUAUCAACUCAGUUGAUAAUAUUAAAUUACCCUGUUAUACUCUCCCACGGACGCAGCACCAAAGUUUCUUUAGAAACUUAUUCCCAUUUAUCAUAGGGUGCGUGUAGUUGUUUUCGCUCGCACAGUUUAGAAGUACUAUUUCUACUUUAAUUCUGCACUUUAUGUCAGAGGUGAUAAAUGGUAAGGUGCAAAAUUUGCUUAGAUGCCAUCAGGUAUGUUUGAAAAAUUUUCUAUAACUAGAAUAAAAAAGAAUGAAGAGAUCUAUAGUGAAUAGAAUUCAUAACGAUACACUACAAUUACUUCAUUUUUUGGAUCACAAUUUUCAGUAUUCCCAUUUUUGCGAAUAAACUGAAUUGUCCUUAGUCAUGUUGCGUUGUUGUUUUGUUAAAUAAAACGUAGGAUUAGACAUUACGUUAAAAGUGUACUUAUAUUCGGUAACUGUGAAAAACAACUCACUAAAAACUCUGUCGGCUGACUAUGACCGACAGUCAGUUAUCUGUGGGAGAUCUGUCGGUAAGUUUGCGUACCAAAAUAAAGGUUCUCUAUGCAUUGUAGGAUGUUCCGACCCGCAGACAGUUGGCUGUUAGUCACAAUUAGCAAAAUAUUACAUUCAUAGACAUCAUCCUCAAUGUGCUGUUCAUUUUUGUUUAAGUCUCAAAUGAUUCAAGGUGGUUUGCAAGUUCAACUUGGACCUGGAAGUCAAACCGGACCACAACCCAUUAAGGAAGUUGACGAGUCAUUAAAACUGCACAUACAUCAGGUACCAAAACGUAUCACACAGACUGAAGGAUUGAAAGUAUGUCUGAUUCCACUUGUUCAUUCACUCAAAAGUUAAAUUAUGAUUUUUCUUGCAGCAUAAAGCUCGUCUGAAUAUCCUGCUAAAAUCAAUGAAAGCCUGCAAACGCGAAAUAAAGACAGUACUUAACGCGAACAAUAUGGUAAGCACUUUCGGUUCUCAUUGCGCAUCUACUAAAACAGCCUUGCAAAGGAAGGAGAACGGCAUGAUAGAGCCUGAAAGAUUGUCACAAAUGUGAAUCAACUUUUCAUUUCUUGCGAUUUAUGCACUAGGUGGGGUACCCCUUUUAUUACUUGGCCGUUAUGAUAGUGCAGAAUCGCCUAUCAUCGUGUCGUACCAAAGUUUUGAUAAUUGGAGAAUAUCUCUUGGGGAAUAUUACAACGAUAUUCCUCAGUAUCGGCCGAUGAUUAAUCUGUCACGCUCGUAGACGAAUCUAUUGAGUACGAAAAUGCUUGAAGGAAUAUGAUCAGGCUGAUUCGGUGGUUAGGUGGGUCAGAGUCAUACAUUGUACCUUGCACUAAACAAAAUAUACAACCUCCUGCAUUUAAUAGAGUUCACAACGACAACAUUCUUUCCGUAGACACCUGAAGGACUUUUCCUCAAAAGCAACUUUGAAUUCCUGCGUCAGAAUUUUCGGAAAUCCAUCAAGCUGCUCAAUAGUGCUCCUAAACCGAACGAUCUGACGGAUCGAGGCCAGUCAGUGAGCACAAUGUAUUACAACAACUUGGGAUGUAUUCACUUCCAAAUGCACAAGUACAACUUGGCUGCACUCUACUUCAGAAAGUCUUUACAGGAAAAUAACAAAGCCCUUUCCGCGCUUCCUCCUGUUGACAAAAGUAUGUUUAUUUUUCCGUGUUUAUUUCCUUGUUAUAAGUCAGGGUGAAGUGGUUUUUACGGUAAUCGAAUAUACUGUUGUAGUGUAAACAGUUCAGUCACCUUUCUUUGUCAGUCAAAAAGUCGUAUACAUAGUUUGGUAUUUUUGUAAAGAAUACUAUUUUAACGAGGUUUUUAUUGGAACGUAGAAGCCAAUUUCUUCUGAAUGAUCGGUGCUGCUGUAUGGGGGGGGGGUGGGGGGAUCGCUGGAGAGGAUGGAUAGUUUAUAGGCAGGAAAUGUACGUGAACAUUGUUCGUAUAAAACUAUUACCUCUGUAGAUGCCCCUGUCUCCAGCCGCACCUUAGUGACCCUUGGUGUUAGCCGCCGUCACGAGAUCCUCUAUAAUUUGGGAAUUCAACUGCUGUUUUCUGGCCGACCCGUUGUUGCUUUUGAUUGCCUGGUUGAAGCUGUACAAAUAUACCACACAAAUCCUCGACUGUGGCUUCGACUUGCUGAGUGCUGUAUUGUAGCCUUCCAGUUGGUAGGUUACAUAUUUUGUUACCACCAGCCCAAGACUUCAUAUAUUUACUCCGUCAUUUGGAUAAGAAAUAAUAUUUUAAUUUUAAACCGCUUUUUGGAUAGGGAAUUGUAUUCAGCCGCUGGUGCUAUCUUUCAGGAGUUAGUCGCGUUCUCAUGGCAGAGCUUACAAAAUGGUUAGAGGCUUAAAGUUAGUGUUUUAAAGGCAACUGAACGCACUUGUCCCAGAGAGAAUGAGCUCGAAAUUUCCUUGCAUCGCACCCCUUUCUGUAUUUAUCUUUUUGGUUGUUUGUUUGUUUGUUUUUUUUUUACACAAGUUAACAUCUAUCUUUUUUCCAAGGUGCCAUGGGAUAAUGAUGACUAAUUGAACACAGUUUACCAUCAUUUUCGACCUUAUAAAUUUUAAUUUAAGUUUAAGACCCGUAGGGUGGAACAGUGCUAUAUACAUAUACAUAUAUACAUAUAUAUAUAUAUAUAUAUUUAUUCUUUGAUUUAUUUUUUUCUCAUUGCACAGUCGGACGACUUUAGACAACAGUGCAUCAAGAAGAGCGAUGUUGUUCAGGAUGUUGUGGGUUCAGGUCCUCACCGUAAGAUCGUCCUUACCCCUCAAACUGACAAACAGUGCGGUACUGAGUAAGUGAAACAGUAGCAGUUUAGUUUAUUUUAGUCCACAUCUCUAUUCUAAUUUACUUAAACACUCCACUCCCUUCUCAAAGAUAAGUGUUAAUCUAUUUUUUGAGCCAUCCAAUUUCUUCUUUUACAAAAAUUGACAAGGGGGAAUGUUUCAAGAAUUAUGACGAAGAUUUUAGUUUUUUUUUUCUAGUUUGAAAACUAGGAAAGAAGAACCCUCUUUCUCUUCUUGAAUUUUAAAACAGUAGAUGUCAAAGGAGCCACUUAACGGUUGGGGCAUCGAAACAACUUAGCCAUCAUUCACCUCCUUUGACCUCAUUCUUCGUGAAAACUGCAUGUAAACAAAUCAGGCAAGGUGCAGGAACAAACAUUGCCAUCCAUGUUGCAUUUCCUUUACAGAGAAAACAGAGGUCAGUCUGCUGCAAUGCCAGCCUGUACUCUAGCAUUUGCGUCUUUGUGUCUUCAAAAUGCUCUGAUGCUGUUAAAAAAUACGGAGGUGACACAAGUCCAUGAAUCAGAGAGUGCGCUGGAGAAUCAGGCAGUAAAAGAGGAGGAUUCACUUGGCCAGGAAACGGACGCUUCAAGGUAUGUAGGACUUGUGUCACAUAUAGACUUAGUGGUGAAUCAGCUCACUGCAGGGUCUCUGUGGCUCAGUGGUGGAGCAUCGGUGAGCAGAAUUCAAUGGUCUGAGGUUCGAUUCAUCAUGGGGACUCUAAUUUUAUAUCGUCCCAAGUUCGUGACAAGACUGAAAGACAUAUGUCCUUUUGCCAAUACCUCUGCCAUGAUACUUUGGGAACAGUUUUUGUUACCGUCAUGUUUACUGCCUUGCGAAUCAGUUCAAAUAUUUGUAUUUACAUAAUUGUGUCAUGUUGCAGUGACAGUGGUGGCUUGAGUCGGUCCUCCUCACUUCAGAGUGAGACAAGUAUCCCAGCUCCCCCCGGGCCACCGGUAAAACUUCGUGAGCUUCCACACUUGAGGUAAGUGUGCACAUUAGCAGCAGCAUGAAGCAGUCCGUGUCUGUCAUUGGGUUUAGACGCCAAAACAGGAGUUUUAACUUGAGCAUAUUUUGCUUGGGAAUUGAUCUGUAAAAUAUAAAAAAGAGUAAGACAGUGUUAUGUUCCGGGGAAUGUUCUUAUUACUGGCAAAAGAUGAUCGAAAUAAACUUAUAGGUAUUCCUUUAUCUAUGUUAUUCCUGUUUGGGUAGGCUCCAAUACCGCUCCAGAGCUUUGGCUCAUUUCCCGAACAGCGGUUGCUAAUGGAGUCGCAUGUUUAGAAUUCUUAUUAUACAUGUUUUUAACAAGUUGUGGACGGAAUACGAAUGCCCGAUAUCGAUUGGGUUCCAACAGGUGCUUGAUUGAUACUGUUUCGUGUCAUUACAGGUGCUCCAUUCUAGCGUGCAGUGCUUAUGUCGCGCUGGGACUGGGUGACAAUGUGAUGGCCUUAGUACAUGCGCAGAAACUUCUCUCAAAAUCCAAUCUUGUAGGAGCACUCAAGUAAGUGGAAAUGUAACAUAGUUAUUAUGAUAACCAUCACAGGAAGAUUUUCUUUCCUUUUACCUAGAUCUUCAUUAAUUAAAGAUGCUAUUUGUUUGAUUGUCUUCUCCCUUAUUAAAGGUUUCUCGGCCAUUUGUACGCUGCCGAAGCUCUGAUCAAACUGAAUCGUUUACCGGAAGCUAUAAUGCAUUUGUCACCUGAUAAUAUCAACAACAUUAACAUCAUCCCGGCCAGUACUACUGCGGAAGGUAUUUUGCCUCAUCACUUGAUAUACAAAGUUUGGUUGUACUUUGGAGGAGUUUCGGGAUCAAUGUGAGUGUAUUAGCAACUGCAGAUCUAUUUCUCUCCCCCCCCCCCUCCUUACCCAACAUUAACCUUAACUUGUUAUCAGUUGACUAUUGUUGGGUUAGGGGAGGGGUACGUGCGCAGUUGCUUAGGUACUGACAUUGAUCCGAGUGUUCCAUAUUUUUUCCAUGGUAUUCAGUUUUAUUUUACUGAAAUUUGUGUUGUUUGCCAUGUUUUUCGGCCGUCAUAUUUCCAUUUUCUUUCGCAGUUGGAUCAGGGGAGAAUGUUGAUAAGGAAAAGGAAACGACUAAGCCUCGCGGUAAGAAAAUAAAUACCUGCGAUUACUACUAUCAGUUAUCGGCCUGACCCCGGAUGUUCGAGGGGUGGAUGACGUUCUCCAUUAGAUAAAUCUCUAUCUAACAGAUAGCGCAGCACGUUUUUGGCAGUAACUGGACAGCCAUUUCUGCGUUAGAUAGUGUUACUCGCCCUUUGAACAACCAGGCCCUAAUAUCUUGUCACUGAUGGUUAAUAGGGGGAUGAAGCAAAGGGGAAUAUUGCGUCUUCUUCAGUAAGUCAUAUAUGACAGUUAGCCCCAACUAUUAAGUUCACUGAGAUGCAAUUCUAUUUGCUGGUUACCACUCAGUGAAUGGUUUAGUUUCCUUGACAUUCCAGUAGUACCCAUAUAAAUUUUUGGUUGGAUGAAGGUACUUUGAGAGUGAGGUCGUGGAGUGAAAGCGGGCUAAACGAGGAUACUAUUAGCUAGGAUAUUUUAGCUCGCGCGCGCUCGCUUAGUUUGUUCAAACUCCUUUGGCGUCAUUUUUUCAUUUUAGGCCUUCAAAUAAUUUUACCUUUCCUCGUCUGUUUAUUCAACAGCCUGUGAGAAGAUGACUUUUCCAGAGACAUUAAAUGAAGCCCGUUCCUCGUUCCUUGUUAAUCUAGCCGGGGUGUACAGUUUACGGAGCGAGUUUGAUAAGGCACGGAAGUGCUUACAACAGGUAAUUCAUACAAACUAUAAAACAAAGUUUUACCAAGAGUUCCCUUAACAAAAGGUAGCCAAGCAUUAAAGAUGAAUACACUCAAAGGCGUCGAGUGCAACAAGUUAGUUUCACAUGCAAGUCUGUGCCAAAAAGAUGAAGCAUUAUAGCCUUUCAGUAAGUCACAUAUGGCAGUCAGCCUCAACUGUUUAAGCUCAUGGAAAUGCUUAGUAUUGUAUACGAAACGAGAAACCUAAAAAGGGAAUAACUUGGUCUUCGUGAGCUGUGAUGUCUAGAUACGUCGUAUUCAUUGUGCCUUGAGUGUAAGGAGAACCUGGGAGAGAAGAGAAAAAGACGCAAAUCCUUGUGAGUUUUUCAAGCUGGUUGUGUGUCCAGUUAUGUGGUUGUGGACAGGGAGGUCUACACCUUAUCUUCCUCUCUCCACCCCCCUCCCUCCCUCUCACCUUGUCCCUUAGUUUCCCCCGUCCCGCCUCUCCUCAGGCAAAAACGUAAGUUCAUCUUAAACCUUAGGCAAAGUGGUUGAUUUUUUGUCCUUUCAUUGUUAUUUUGUUGAAAAUCUCGAGGAUCACCACAGCUUUGUUUCUUCUGUAGGCUUGUUCUCUCGGUUAUUCUAAAGACUUCUCUGCACGCGUUGUUUUAUUGGCCGUGUACAUAGAGCUUCAAAGCGGUGAGUGUGUGUUUUCUUUACUUUCUAUUGUCAAUAUUUUCAAGCCGACCGCAGCGCUCUUUCAGAUACGUUUGCAUCCUUAUCAGGAUGCACAACACAUCGGGAAGUCGCAAAGAAAUAAAAAAACUUUAAAGCCUUUACAUCUGGCUUACGCUUCUGUUAAAUUAAAGUAAUAUACUGAUGUAGGUAAGUCAGUAAGAGUUGCGCUAACUUGCGAGCUUCGUAUGGCCAAUUGACUGACGGUGACGGGAAUCGUUAUUGCUUCGAUAAAAUUAGUGCUCUUGAGAGAAAUGACGAAACCGUUCAAAUUGAUUGUAGUAACUGUGAUCGGCUAUCACUUCUUGAGUUUCAAAGAGCAGCCCCAGACUCCUCGGAAUACCUCAAAGAGCGCGCGGCUGAAUGCACCGUUUUGUUGUCUCUAUAGGGAACACCGCUGGUGCACUGCAAACGAUUAAAAAGCAUCAGGUACUUCCGUUUAGCAAAGGGUUCAAGGCAGUGAAGAAGACACGUGGAGCUGACGUAUGGAAAACAUAAAGGAUCUAACACUGUUGCUGGUUGAUGCGAAAUCUUAUGUGAGGAUCUUAAUCAGUUAACCCCAGUGGUUGCCUUUAGUUUGCUCUUGAACAGUCAAAUAAUAAGAAUAAAUAGAAUUUCAUCGAACGAGCGGGUGUUGUUUACCCUCGAAGCUGCCUUUCCUCGAUUUUGUUCGUAACAGUCAAGGUUUAUGUUAAUCUAGAUCCUGUACUAUUUCGCAAUCAGUUACAAGAAUAAAGCUCGAACGAAAGUAGAUAUCAGCGUCUGCUACUGAGAGAUUAUCAUGUUGAAGACCCAUGAGCGAAUCGAAUAUAGUUGAAUGCUGGAAAGAGAGUCAACUAUGUCCCGCUUAGUGUCCAAGACACGAGCGGUAAAUUGUUGUUAUGCUGUAUAUUGGCAUUGUGGUGAUUAUUUUUUUCCGUAUUUUAUUUUCUCAAGCUCAACAAAGUAAUAAGAAUUGUUGGAGAGGAUUUUAUCCUCUGAUGUAAUGGUAACACAGUUUAUGUUCUUGGGCUAAAAUUACUCUUGACUGGGCCCAGAACAUAUUCUUGUUGUUUUGUUCUUACAAAGUGUUGCGUGUCAAAUCCGUGGGACCUUCGUCUUUUGCCUCACGGGGACUUGGAUUGAUCCCAGCGCUUUGUGUAGCUCUUGGCUCGAACUUAAACUUGACCUUACCUCGUAAGUGCGUUGUUUGUAACCAGUUUUAUUUGUAUAUACCCCAUAGUUCUUUUCGUGCACGCCGAUUGGCGAUUUCAGAAGAGUGUAUAAUUCACCACUGAGUAGCCGAAGAGACAAACUCGCCCGUCAAGAGUUUGAUUUCCGAGCAUUUUUCGGUGUAUUUACAGAAAUAAACUAAUAUUUUGGUUUCAGUGUGGCGUAUACUAAAACAUUAUUUCAUUCACC